AUGCUGGUGAAGAUGAUUAACAAGUUCAGGCGCAAGCAGAUGCCGGGCAUGACGCGGUCAUCUCUCACCAUCGGAAUAGAUGUUGCGUUCAGUCCACAUCGAGAUCUUGGGAACGAUCCGAACUCUCAGAACAUCUUGGCGGUUGUGAACCGAAAGGAUUCUUGUUCUGGCAUGGAGCUGUGGAUUGCCCUGAAGGAGAUCACGUCCGACGAAUGUCCUACAGCAAGAUCCUUCCUGGGUUCGUGGCUCCCACAGCGUGAAGGCCAGUGGUGUUCUCACCAACGAAGUGGCACGGAACAGCUCCGUGCAAAAGAUCUCAGUCUCGUGUAG